AUUAGUGUUCGCAUGUACAAAUAGAUGUUGAUGUAUAGCGAGAGACAGAGAGAAUAGCGUUACAGAGAACGUCGGAUGACCUUGAAUGGCAUAAAUUAAACUCUCUGGUGAUUUGGUUCAGUUAUCAUUCAACGCUUUUAUAUAAUUCCCAGUAUAAACAUAAUUGUGAACUGAACGGUGCGCGAAUAGGACGAUAGAACAUAUCGAAAAGGACGAUUUCGAACACGAGCAAAUGAUGAGCAGCAGCAGCAAUAGAGCCACGUUGGAGCUGUCCAAUGGAGUCAAGAUGCCCGCCGUAGGUCUGGGCACAUGGCAGGCGACGAGCGGUGAUAUGACGACGGCAAUGCACGAGGCUCUGUCCCUUGGCUACCGCCACUUCGACACGGCCAUCCUGUACGAGAACGAGAGACCCAUCGGAGGAGUCCUCAACUAUUGGAUGGAGCAGGGUCGCAUCCGCAGGGACGAACUGUUCGUCACGACGAAACUACCGCCGACCGGAAUGUACCCGGGCAAAGUGGAGCCGUACCUGAGGAAGUCGCUGGAGAAUCUGAUGCUCGAUUACGUCGACAUGUACCUGGUGCACUGCCCCAACGGUAUAAAGCGCGACGAGGAGAACACCGCCGUCGAAGAUACGCAGGUCGAUCACGUCGCCAUUUGGAAGGAAAUGGAAGCGCUCGUCGAUUGCGGCCUGACGAAAGCCAUCGGAAUAUCGAACUUUUCGCUCGAGCAAAUCGCCAGUCUGGUGAAGAACUGCCGCAUCCGUCCGAUGAAUCUGCAAACCGAACUGCACGUCUACUUUCAGCAGAAGGAGCUGGUGGAGUUUUGCCACGGGCACGGCAUAACGGUCGUCGCCUGCUCACCGCUCGGAUCUCCGGGUUUGACCGCAUUCUACAGCGGUUACGGGGUCGUGAAGAACGUUCCGAACCUGCUGGAGCUUCCGCUGCUCACGGAGAUGGCGAAAAGGUACGACAGAACUGCUGCUCAAAUAAUGCUCAGACACACCGUGCAGAAGGGCGUCGGCGUUAUCCCGAAGAGCACCAGUCCGAAACGUAUGAAGGAGAACUUGGAAGUACUCGACUUUGAGCUCACCACCGAGGACAUGGAGAAACUCUCUGCUCUGGAUAUGGGGACGAGCGGGCAAAUCACCAAAUGGGAAUCGUGGACUUGGGUGGAGAACGAUCCGUCUGGGACGCCUUCGCAUCACGCACCCCAGGAAAAGAAAAGAACGUCGACAAACAAAAGCGAAGAGACUUCAUCAACGUCAUCGUAAACAUUAUAAUUACAAUUACAUACCAUAUAAACUUUUGAAUCCACGUGCGCACACACAUCUUUCUCUCGAUCGUCGUCCUCUAUAAGAAUCAUCACCAUUAAUCAUCAAUAAAUAAUAUUAUAAAAGUUAA